AUGGAUGAGUUUACUCGUGGACGGCCGCCACUUCCACCACUUCAUGUUGAUGCCGAUCCAGUCAAAAUGGAAGACGUUCCGACCCAUGCUGGUACCACCUUCGAUAUGGCGACAAGCCGUUGGUCCGUUCUGGGGCGCUGCAAUGAAGACGGAAAAUUCGUGAGCGGAUUGGUUCUCAGUCCCUGGCGUGCCAUUCAAUGCCCGCGUGACGCCGCGCAGCCGGAAGUUGCACCCCCGGUCACAUGA